AUGGAUAGUGGUAACCAGGUCACUAACAUUGCGACCAAGAGUUGGAGAACAAAAGAGUCUCGGAGAAGGGUUUUAAGGGCCAUCACGGGUGAAUUAACCAAGCAAGGUUCUCCCAAUGUAAAACUUAGGUUACCUGAGGUAAUACGAUUUGAGGCAAAUGUGAAUGCUUCUGCUAAAACCCAGGAUGAGUACAUUAGUUUGGUGAAAGAGCAGUUAAAGAGGAUUCGUUCAAUGUCUUGGAAGACUGUUGAAGUAAAAAAAGAGAUCACUAUCCCUUCCGCCUCAGAAAUAGAUGCAAACGGAGACUGGCAGGAGCAUGUUUAUGAAAGGCCCAACAGGAAACAGUCACCUGAUGUGAAACCCAAGCAACUGUUUUUUGGCCCGUCCAAUUCUAUAUUUUCUCAACCGAACAAUAUGGUUUCUCAAGAUCACCGAGUUAAUUUGCCAAUUGGUAGUUCACAGCACGAUAUUAUAAAUCAAUCGUCAAUAGUAAAAGGCCAGAGCAAUGCUGUCAAACAACAGACAAACAUUGCAUUCCAAGAAUUUGGUGUAAACAAUAACACUCCAAGGAUUUCGGCAACUGAAGCAUUUGGUACAAGGACCAACACCAAGAGGAUUUUACCCUUGAUUAACGAAAGCAAUGCUGUCAAACAACACACAAACAUUGCACUCCAAGAACUUGGUGUAAACAAUAACGCUCCAAGGAUUUUGGCAACUGAAGCAUUUGGUGCAAGGACCAACACUGACAGGAUUUUACCCUUGAUUAAAGAAAGCAAUGAUCAAAAUCAAGGAUUUCACAACACUGAAGUGCAAAGUCAUGCAAUGCAGAAGCUGAUUAGAGCGUUGACAUCCAUUUCGCCUGAAGCACUGAGUGCAGCAGUUGGCGAAAUUGAAGAGGUGGUUCAUUUGAAUGAUGAAAAACCAGAGAUGGUUGAUGAACAAGGACUACCAAUCUUCCUAACUCCCGGAGGAUGGAAAAUACCUCGCAGCUUUGUUUCAACCACCUGUGAUACUUCUAGCAUGCGUGAGAGUUUCAAUCAGUUCACUUACACUGCGGAAUCUAACGAAAAUCAGAAUCUUUUAGCAGAAAUAAAAGACAUAAACAAUCGAUUGUUCGAUUGUGAGGUGGUUAUCGCUGAAAAGGAAAGUGCUAAAAGUGCGGUUGGAAUAGCUACUGAUCAAAGUGAAGGUUUACUUGUUAAAAUUUUGUAUAAUGCAGUGACUAUCAAUCAGAACCUUGUAUCUCACUUUAUUGCUGACAAAAAGUCAUUGAUCGAACCGCUACGAUUGCUUAUUCCUUCAAGUUAUCCCUCUCGCUCUCUUGUUAUUCUGGACGAAUUGCCAUUGGAAGUCAGUGAUGACCUGAAUGCUCUAUCUGUGAGAGCAAAAGAAAAGCUGAGAUUUAAUCUUGGAAAAAUGAAUGAACCACUGUUGAUUAAAGAUAUAGCAAGAGUGUGGGAACGUUGUGCUAGAGAAGCAAUCCUUGAUUAUGUACAUGCUAAUGGUGGUGGAACUUUUACCUCAAUUCAGGGAGGUUGGGAGGCCUGUUGA